GGCCAAUAUCUUAAAGCUGAAGCUCUCUUUCCGAAAAGGGAUACGAAAUUUCCCCAAAUUCCAUUCCAUCGAAUCCAAAUCAAACCCUCGAUUUUUUCUUUCUCUGUUACAAAACAGAGAGAGACCGAACCUAUUUCACUCUCUCUGUCUCAAGCUUCUCAAUUUAUUCUCUAAAAAUGGCGAACAGUAAUCUACCACGAAGGAUUAUCAAGGAAACUCAGCGGCUACUCAGUGAACCAGCUCCUGGAAUUAGUGCUUCUCCUUCAGAAGAUAACAUGAGAUAUUUUAAUGUUAUGAUUCUUGGUCCAACACAGUCUCCAUAUGAAGGUGGGGUUUUUAAAUUGGAACUAUUUCUGCCUGAAGAAUAUCCAAUGGCUGCGCCUAAGGUCCGCUUUCUAACUAAAAUUUACCAUCCCAACAUCGACAAGCUUGGAAGAAUAUGUCUUGAUAUCCUGAAAGACAAAUGGAGCCCUGCCCUCCAGAUUCGUACUGUGCUACUAAGUAUUCAAGCACUUCUUAGUGCCCCAAACCCAGAUGAUCCUCUUUCUGAAAACAUUGCCAAGCACUGGAAGGCAAAUGAGGCAGAGGCAGUUGAAACAGCCAAAGAAUGGACUAGGCUAUAUGCCACUGGUGCAUGACAAUGUGGCAACAUGGAGUUAUUGGUUUUGGAGUGUUGGUGGCUGUUAUAAGAGAAUAACGUAUAAUGCAAUGUCAUUCAGAUGGUUGAUAAUUCCCAACAAAAAAAAAAAAGUAAUCAGAUGCUUGUUCUUAUAUUAAAACAAAGAAGUUUACCCCAAUUAACCGAAAAGAUCAAAUAUGACAAUUCAAUUAGAUAUGUAAUGAAUUUAGAUUGUACUUGGUUUUCUUUUUGUUGCAGUUGUAAUUGCCAAUGUGAUUUAAUGUCUCCGUUGAAACUCCUUCAGGAAAUUGUUCUGUAUGAAAAAUGUAACUGCAUAUGUCCAUCAGUGAUUCUGCCAAUGAUUCCUGUUUACUUUUA